AUGCGGAGUGUGAUUCAACAACGGGGCUUUUGUAAAAGCCAAAUCACACGGGCGCAUAAUAAUGCCCUAAAAUUUGUGGAUGACAUUCAAUCAGUGGACACAAUUGUGGUGCGCCUGUCGCAAAUUCAAGACAAUUAUUUGCGGUUUGUGCGACAUUCGGAAGAGCUGUACGCCUUCCAAUCGGAGUCGGAUUGGGAGAAUCCGGACGACGAUUUUGAUGCCUAUGAGGAGAAACAUUACGCUACACACGCCAUCCUAAGCAACACUCUGGAGGAGUUACGGCGUGAUCAGACGUCUAACAAUAUUUUGGCCACUGUGCAACCAGCAGAUGCGCCCCAGAGGAGCCAUGUGGAUUUCCAGUUCGAGCGAAUCAAACUCCCAACCUUUUCCGGGAAUUAUGAGGACUGGAAACAUUUUUCGGAUAUGUUUACGGACUCGAUUGCUUCCAAUUCGAGCCUGACGGAUUGUCAACGAUUUCAUUAUCUCAAAUCGUAUCUAUCCGGAGACGCCCUCAAUUUAGUCAAACAUAUUCCUGUGACUAAUGAGAACUAUCGGGAGGCAUGGGAUCGGCUUGAGCAGCGAUAUAACAAACAAUCGCUAAUUAUCCGAUCAUUCCUCAACAGUUUCAUGACCCUUCCCAGUGCUACGUCUACUAAUCUCAGCACAGUGCGGAAACUGGCCGAUGGCGCAGACGAAGUUAUUCGUGGUUUGCGAGCCCUUGACUGCGAAGAGAGGGAUCCUUGGCUAAUCUUCAUCCUAUUGUCAAAAUUAGAUACCGAUACUUGCCAAGCUUGGGCGCAGUGCGCAGACUCCGAGGGAAAAGGUGUGACCAUCAACCAAUUCCUUAAAUUUCUCACCUCUCGCUGCGAUACUUUGGAGGCUUUUCACUUAGUUCGACCAACCCAAGCUCGACGCGCAGCCACAACGCACCACGCAGAUACGCAUCCUAGACGAGAAGAACCCAAAUGCACAUCGUGCCAGCAAACUCAUCAACUGUUCAAGUGUCCUCAGUUCAACGGACUCGACAUCGCAGCUCGCCGGGAGUUUCUCAAGACGAAAAAGCUAUGUUUCAAUUGCCUCAGCCCAAGUCACCUGGCGGGUAACUGUACAUCGAGACACACUUGUCGGAUUUGUCGCCGCAAGCAUCACACCCUGGUUCACCCUGGCUCGGCGCAGCCAACUCAAAACGGUAACUACUUGGAGAGAGCCCGUACGGACAGCCGCGAUCGUCCAUCAACCUCACAAGCGGCGUCUACAAUCGGCCAGAAUCAACCGCCUGGUCAAGAGAUUCAUCAAUCAGGGAGUUUACCUCCCGCGGAAAAUAACUUCACGCAUCAUACGCUGGAGAAUAUUUCAGCUGCAGGUUCGCAGACUCUGUUGCCAACCAUCCUUGCAGACGUCGUCGACGCCUGGGGAAAUACUACAACCUGCAGGCUGCUCUUGGACACUGGGUCCACAAUCACCUUGGCGUCGGAAUCAUUUGUUCAGCGAAUAGGCGUACGUCGAACGCACGCCCGGAUUUCUAUACUCGGUCUCGCAGCCAACAGUGCUGGCGUUACCCGAGGACGCGCACAUAUCAAGCUGCGCUCUCGUCAUUCGGACCAAACUGUCGAACUGGUCUCGUUUAUUCUCAAUUCGCUGACAUCAUCACUCCCGGCCCAGGCUAUUGACACCUCAUCUUCUACGUGGAAGCAAAUCUGCGAGCUUCCUUUGGCAGAUCCCACAUUCUGCACGCCAGGAUCCAUCGAUGUCAUCGUUGGAUCAGAUCAACUCUGGUCUCUUUAUACUGGAGAACAGAAAUGCUUUGGUAACGACGCUCCUAUCGCUCUGAAUACUGUUUUUGGUUGGAUUAUUGCAGGCUCUUACAAUGCAUGCGAUGAUCACCUGACUUCAGCGGUUACUCAUCACGCGGACCUCGACACGAUGGUUCGCUCUUUCAUGGAGAUGGAUAAUAUACAUCCUAGCCAGGCUCUUCAAGUCUUCAAGCCGCACACCAAUUAUCAGCGCAUUGUUUGGCGCAAGAACGAGAAUGAACCACUGCUUCAUUUUCGCCUGUUGACGGUCACCUACGGAUUGGCGCCGUCACCAUUUCUGGCUGUUCGAGUUCUUAAGCAGCUAGCUGAGGAUCACCGCCACGAGUUCCCCGCAGCAGCCCACGCGCUUCUACACGACGCUUAUGUAGAUGAUAUCCCAACAGGGUGCAACUCAUUCGACGAGCUCAUGAUUCUCAAAAACGAGCUGAUUCAACUGUUGGAUAAGGCGCAAUUCAAACUACGGAAAUGGAGUUCCAACAGUUGGCGUCUUCUAAAAUCAUUGCCAGAAGAGGACCGAUGUUAUGAGCCUAUCCAGCUCCUCAACAAAUCAGCUGCGGAUUCACCAAUCAAAAUUCUUGGCAUCCAAUGGAAUCCCGGAAAGGACGUCAUGUACCUCAAUAUCAAGGAGUGCGAUCCGACCAUUUCUCCGACGAAAAGGGAACUCUUGUCGCAGCUAUCAAGAAUCUAUGACCCGCUUGGAUUGGUAGCGCCAGUCACAGUUCUACUCAAGCUUAUCUUCCAAGAAAGCUGGACAAGUGUUCUGCAAUGGGAUGACCCGAUUCCUGAAACUCUACGCUCGCGCUGGAAGGCCUUGGUGGAGGAUUUGCCAACACUUACGCAAUGUCAAGUACCACGAUACAUUGCGUCACCAUUCCAAGACGUUCAACUACACGGAUUCGCCGACGCAUCCGCGCAAGCCUACGGUGCGGUUGUAUACGCUCGAGUAGCAUAUGGAGGCAGUUUUCAAAUCACCCUAGUUGCUGCCAAAACCCGUGUAGCCCCGAUCAAGCCUGUUUCGAUCCCACGUCUGGAACUGAAUGCUGCUCUACUUCUUUCUCGAUUGCUCUCGAUUGUCAAAGCCUCACUAACGAUUCCUAUUUUCAGCACGAGCUGCUGGACAGAUUCAGAAAUUGUGCUACACUGGCUUUCAGCUCCCCCACGAAACUGGAACACAUACGUCUGCAACCGAACGGCUGAGAUCUUGAACGACUUUCCUCGCAGCUGCUGGAAUCAUGUUCGCACAGAGGACAACCCUGCCGACUGUGCUUCUCGAGGACUUCAUCCGUCCAAGCUUCUGGAGCAUCGACUGUGGUGGAAGGGUCCAUCAUGGCUGGCCACACCGCCCUCUGAUUGGCCACCGUCUACAAGCAAGUUCAGCGUAUCUUCAAAUCUCGAUGUCAACACCGAAGAGAGAGCUGUCAAGCCCACAACUCUACAUAACUUUCCUGAUGAAAGUAUCUACGAGUUACUCAUCCACAAAUUCUCAACCUGGACGCGUCUGCUAAGGGUAUCUAGCUACUGUUAUCGCUUUAUUCACUCUCUUCGAUCUCGUCAUAGGAAUCCGGCACCAUUCCUUACAUCCGAAGAGUUGCAGGCCGCACGAUGCCGACUCAUCCGACACGUGCAACAAAAUUUCUUUGCCAGAGAAUAUGCGCAGCUAGAGAAUCGACGCCCGCUUAAUGCUAAAUCGCAUUUAAUUCGGUUCUCCCCAUUUCUAGACGAUCAUGGAAUUAUGCGAGUCGGUGGAAGAAUCGACAAAUCGACAAUCAACUUCAACGCCAAGCAUCCAAUCCUAAUACCAAAGGAUUCACCACUAGCCGGGCUCCUGGUUCGAUAUUUUCACGUUUCACAUCUACACACUGGAGUUGAUGCUACGUUCACCAAUCUUCGUCAGCAGUACUGGAUUCUGGGUGCACGCAAUCUGGUCAGAAAGGCAGUUUUCCAAUGCAAACGCUGCUUUCUUCAACGCAAAGGCACCAGUAACCAGAUCAUGGGAGAGCUGCCAAUCCCUCGAGUUCAGGCUAGUCGCUGUUUCCAACAUACAGGGCUGGAUUACGCUGGACCGAUCGCCAUCAAGGAAUCAACAGGACGAACUCCUCGGAUCGGGAAGGCAUGGUUUUCUAUUUUCGUCUGCCUAACUACAAAGGCAAUCCAUAUCGAGGUCGUCAGUGAUCUGACUGCAAAGGCCUUCAUCGCCGCCUUUCAACGAUUUAUUGCCCGACGAACAAAGCCCACCGAUCUGUACUCGGACAACGGAACCACAUUUCAUGGCGGAAAGCAAACUUUGGACGACAUGCGACGCCUAGUCAUCGAACAAUCUAAAGAUGAGGAGCUGGCUGGAUUCUUCGCCAACGAAGGCAUUUCUUGGCACUUCAUACCCCCAUCUGCCCCUCAUUUUGGCGGAAUGUGGGAAGCCGGCGUUCGUUCCAUAAAACUUCAUAUGCGACGGAUACUUGGAUCCAAGGCUCUCACGUUUGAGGAACUAGCGACUGUUUUGACCCAAAUUGAAGCCAUCCUCAACUCUCGCCCACUGUGCCCAAAUGGGGAUAAUUCGUUGGACCCGCUGACUCCCGCUCAUUUCCUGACUGGAGCUCCUUAUACUGCCCUCUCUGAACCCUGCCGUCUGGAUAUGCAAAUCAAUCGACUGGAGAGGUGGAAUCAGCUGCAAGCUAUGGUCCAAGGUUUCUGGAAACGGUGGCAUAUGGAAUACCUGACAUCGCUUCACGAACGCACAAAAUGGCAUCUAGAAACUGAGAAUCUGAAGAUCGACACACUGGUGGUACUCAAGGAGCCUAAUCUACCUCCCUCUAAAUGGAUUCUUAGACGCAUCAGCGAGGUGCACGCAGGAUCAGAUGACAAAGUACGGGUCGUAACAGUGAAGACGGCCCAUGGAUCCUACAAACGCCCAAUUACCAAAAUUGCUGUCUUGCCUCUGUGCUGA